AUGAUGAAUCGCAAUCUAUCCAUCCGCAAAAACCCCGUCCCGGGGCGCCGCCGGUUCAGCAUCGCCACGCUCCGCGGCCUGCAACAGCCCGGUCUGAGCAAGAAGAUGAAUCGUCUGGUGAAGUCCGAGAACUCGGUGAUCAGCGCGCACGAGAAAGCCGGUCGCGAGCGUGUGUCCGUCGCCUCGCAGUUGUCCGAAUGGGGCGAGUCGACGGAGGACGACGCCGUCUCUGACAUUUCCGACAAGCUGGGCGUUCUGAUGGCCGAGAUGGGCGAGCAGGAGGAUGUCUUCGCCCAGAACCUCGAGGACUACCGCACCCUGCUCAAGCAUAUCCGCGACACUGAGAGCUCCGUCCAGCCCUCGCGCGACUACCGCUCCAAGGUCGCCGACGAUAUCCAGAAGCAGAAGCUUAAGGAUCCCAAUAGUACGAAGUUGGAGACCUUGGAGCAGGAGCUUGUUCGCGCUGAGGCACAGAACUUGGUGGCUGAGGCUCAGUUGACUAAUAUGACCCGGCAAAAGUUGAAGGAGGCAUCUUACUGGCUCGUCAUGCUCGUCGUCUGCUCAACUGCCUCGAUGACACUCCCCGUUGCUCCAGGCGAUGCGAGAAAGGAGUACGACCGUGCCUAUGAAGCCAAGCAAGUGAUUGAGGAGGCCGAGAAGGAUCUCCUGGCCUGGCAGCCGACCAUCGCUCCUAUCCAGACAUCUGCAGGUGAGGUCCCGGCCAACACCUUGCUCCCUGCGCCUGCUCGCGAGGCCAGACAAGAGCGGACCACAGGCGCAGUUGCACCGGAUGAGGACUUUGCCUCUUCCAACGAGUCCGUUCGAGACCUCCGCGGCUCCGUCUCGGAUAGCCAGGAGUACCAGUCUGUCGGCGAACCGACUAGAGAGUAUGGCGGGCUCGCUGGCACAGCUCCUCCGGCGACCAAUGGAUACACCCCCCGCACCACUGACCGAUUCCACAAAGUGGUUCCAGACGAGCAGCGAUAUGUGGGCGGGCGUGUCAGAGAUACAACCAGAGCGGCCGUUGUCCCUGAUUCUAUGGAAUACAAUGCUCCGGUUGCCGAGAGCAGAGAGCCGGUUGGCACUGAUAUGGGUCCUACCAAGGGCAUUGAUGAAUCAAUUACUGGAGCAUCAAAGGGCGUCAAUGGACCUGUUACAGAUGCCGACGACCUGUACGGAGCUACUUCUGGCGCGGCUGGCCCUAUGGAAGGGGCUACUACAGAGGAACGAGACUUCACUGGAGGAAUGGGCAGCGCGGGCAUUGAGUCUCAGAGCAUCAGUGGAGCUGAAGCCGGCGCAACAGGCAUCAACACCGCCAUGCCCGAGACCCAAGGCUAUGGUCAGUCGACUGUCGGCACCAUGACCGACGGAGUCCCAGAAACCAGUGGAAUGAAACAAUCUGCUGGAUAUGAAUCUGAUGACUGGGACAAAUCGUCCACUGGAGACCGCGGCAUUGGUAAUGAUACCAACGGGCCCAUGGGCGAGAGUCGAGACCUGGAUGGAUCGAGCAAGAGUACUGAGAUGAACGGAAGAGGGCAGACCCGGAACUUGGAGGAGUCUGUGUCGCAGUUCACAAAUGACACCGACGGCUCCAUCACGACUCGAACCGUACGCGAGACCGUGGUGACGAGAAAUCCAAGUGGACUGGUUGAUGGAGCACAAGACACGCGGGAGAAGCUGCAGACCCAGCCUCAUAUGCUGGGAGGAUUCGGAUUGCAGACGAUCGGGGUGCCUUAUUAG